AUGUUUUUUUUUUCGAAAAUAUUACCUUAUACUGUGGCUUCUAAAGUUUUUAUUCAUCCAGUUUCCUUUCGACAAUUCCGAAAUUUUCAUUUUUCAAAAGUAUAUUAUGCUAUAAAGAAAUAUACUAAGGAGCAUGAAUGGAUUUCUCUUGAUGAUAAUGGAAUUGGAGUAGUUGGUAUAACUGAUUAUGCUCAAAAGGCUUUAGGAGAUGUUGUUUUUUUGGAAUUACCAGAACCAGGAUUAAUAUUUUCCAAAGGAGAUAGCAUUGGUGUAGUUGAAAGUGUUAAAUCUGCUAGUGAUAUAUAUGCGCCUUUAAGCGGUAAAAUAAUUGAGUCAAAUAAUUCAUUGCUGGGAAAUCCUGGUUUAAUUAAUAAAGAUGCUGAAUCUGAUGGCUGGAUAUGCAAAAUAAAAAUAGAUGAUAUUCAUGAGUUUAAUGUUCUUAUGGAUGUUGAUGAUUAUAAAAUGUAUUGUGAUGAAUAA